UGGUGGGUGGGUGGCUGGAUGGGGGCUGAUGAAGAUGUUGAUGAAGAGGAAGAAGAGGUGUGAUGAUGGUGCCAGCAGCAGUGGUGCAGUCUGACCUCCCACCGGAGGAGUGGCGUUGACAGAAGGACGGUCCAGCAGAUAGAGGCGGCAGCAUGCUGAGCGCCGCACAAUGCCACAUACAAACUCAGGCGAGCGGUGGGACUAGACUUCUUUACCUUCAUGCCACCGCAGGGGUGAAGACGAGAGCCAAACACACGCGCAGCCAAAGAUCAAGUGUACAGCGGCCAGAACAUCAGCAGCCGCUCCGGUGAUCAGCUCUGCUCGGCACGUUCAGUAAGGAGAUUUAUCACACGCAACACGAGGAGAUGAGCGGCAGCAAGAAGAUGGAGGACGAGGCGGUGCUGGACCGGGGGGCGUCCUUACUCAAGCACAUCUGCGACGAGGAGGAGGUCGAGGGUCACCACACCAUUUACAUUGGUGUGCACGUGCCCAAGAGCUAUCGGCGGCGGCGGCGCCACCGUCGGAAAGCCAGCCACAAGGACAGAAAGGAGAGGUUGACGGAGAACGUCUCUGACAAGUCGGACACAGAAAACAACGAUGAGGCCAGCAACAGCAUCCUCAAACCUCUCAUCUCGCCUGCGGCUGAGAGGAUCCGCUUCAUCCUCGGGGAGGAAGAUGACGGCCCGGCACCCCCACAACUCUUCACCGAGUUGGAUGAGCUUCUGUCGGUGGAUGGUCAGGAGAUGGAGUGGAAGGAGACGGCCAGGUGGAUCAAGUUUGAGGAGAAGGUAGAGAAAGGAGGUGAACGCUGGAGUAAACCCCAUGUGGCCACGCUGUCCUUACAUAGCCUUUUCGAACUGCGGACGUGCAUAGAGAAGGGCACCAUCAUGCUGGACUUGGAAGCUUCCUCUCUGCCUCAGGUUGUUGAGCUGAUCACGGACAACCAGAUAGAGAUCGGUCAGCUGAAGGCGGAGCUGAAGGACAAAGUCAUGUACACAUUGCUACGGAAACAUCGUCACCAGACCAAGAAGUCCAACCUGCGCUCUCUGGCUGACAUUGGCAAGACGGUCUCCAGUGCAAGUAGGCUGUUUUCCAACCAGGAAAACGAUAGUCCCACCACAACUCACCGGAACCUGACCUCCAGCAGCCUGAACGACAUUUCUGACAAACCAGAAAAAGACCAGCUGAGGAACAAGUUCAUGAAGAAGUUGCCGAGAGACGCCGAGGCCUCCAACGUGCUGGUGGGGGAGGUGGACUUCCUGGACUCGCCGUUUGUGGCGUUUGUUCGUCUGCAGCAAGCUGUGAUGCUGGGAGCCUUAACAGAGGUUCCUGUUCCCACAAGAUUUUUGUUCAUCUUGCUUGGACCCAAAGGCAAAGCCAAGUCGUACCAUGAGAUUGGCAGAGCGAUCGCCACGCUGAUGUCAGACGAGGUCUUCCACGACAUCGCAUACAAGGCCAAGGACAGACAAGACCUGCUGGCCGGCAUCGACGAGUUCCUGGAUGAGGUGAUCGUGCUUCCUCCUGGAGAGUGGGACCCAGCCAUCAGGAUAGAGCCUCCGAAAUCCCUCCCCUCCUCUGACAAAAGGAAAAACAUGUAUGCAGGAGGGGACUCUCAGAUGAACGGAGAUAUGCCUCAUGAUGGAGGUCAUGGAGGAGGGGGACACGCUGUUGGGGACGAGCUGAAGAAGACUGGAAGGUUUUGUGGGGGUCUCCUACUUGACAUCAAAAGAAAAGCGCCUUUCUUCGUCAGUGACUUCACCGAUGCAUUUCACAUUCAGGCCUUGUCGGCCAUUCUGUUUAUUUACUUGGGAACUGUGACAAACGCCAUCACCUUCGGAGGUCUGCUGGGGGACGCUACCGAAAACAUGCAGGGUGUGCUGGAGAGUUUUCUAGGCACAGCGAUCAGCGGUGGGGUGUUCUGUCUGCUGGCUGGCCAGCCUCUCACCAUCCUCAGCAGCACCGGGCCUGUUCUGGUGUUCGAGCGGUUGCUCUUCAACUUCAGCAGAGAUAAUAACUUUGACUACCUGGAGUUCCGGCUGUGGAUCGGCCUGUGGUCGGCGUUCUUCUGCCUGGUGCUUGUGGCCACUGAUGCCAGCUUCUUGGUUCAGUACUUCACCCGUUUCACUGAGGAGGGCUUCUCCUGUCUUAUCAGCUUCAUCUUCAUCUAUGAUGCCUUCAAGAAGAUGAUCAAAUUAGCCCACCACUACCCCAUCAACGCCGAGUUCAGGAUGGAGUACGUCACGCAGUAUGACUGCCUCUGUAUGGCCCCUGCUGUUCUAGAGAACAGCACAGACAUCAUCAGUGAUCCUCUAGAAGGUACUUCUGUCUGGUACUGGAACAACACUGAUCUGCCAAUGAACGCCACAUGGUCGUCGCUCACAAAGACGGAGUGCUUGAAGUACAAAGGGGAGCUGGUGGGGAAGGCCUGCGAGUUUGUCCCAGACAUCGCCCUCAUGUCCUUCAUCCUGUUCUUUGGCACUUACACCUGCUCCAUGUGUCUGAAGAAGUUCAAGACCAGCCCGUUCUUCCCCACCACCGUGAGGAAACUCAUCAGUGACUUUGCCAUCAUCCUGGCCAUCCUCAUCUUCUGCGGGGUUGAUAUGCUCAUAGGAGUCGAUACUCCCAAACUCAUUGUGCCAACUGAAUUCAAGCCAACAAGUCCUAACCGGGGCUGGUUUGUGCCCCCCUUCGGAGGAAACCCCUGGUGGGUUUACCUGGCGUCAGCUCUUCCUGCCCUGCUGGUCACCAUACUGGUCUUCAUGGACCAGCAGAUUACUGCUGUGAUCGUCAACAGGAAGGAGCACAUGCUGAAGAAAGGGGCAGGUUACCAUCUGGAUCUGUUCUGGGUGGCCGUUCUCCUGGUGGUUUGCUCAUUCAUGGGCCUGCCGUGGUACGUGGCUGCCACCGUUAUCUCUAUCGCUCACAUCGACAGUCUGAAGAUGGAAACUGAAACAUCGGCUCCUGGAGAGCAGCCGAAGUUCCUGGGAGUGAGAGAGCAGAGGUUCACCGGUGUCAUCGUGUUCAUCCUGACAGGACUGUCUGUAUUUAUGUCUCCCAUUUUAAAGUUUAUCCCAAUGCCUGUGCUGUAUGGAGUCUUCUUAUACAUGGGAGUCGCUUCUCUCAAUGGAGUGCAGUUUAUGGAUCGCCUGAAGCUGCUCCUGAUGCCGGCGAAGCAUCAGCCGGACCUGGUUUACCUGCGACACGUUCCCCUCAGGAAGGUCCACCUCUUCACCUUCAUCCAGGUCCUUUGUUUGGCUCUGCUCUGGAUCCUUAAGUCCACCGUGGCUGCUAUUAUAUUCCCUGUCAUGAUCCUUGCUCUGGUAGCCGUCAGAAAAGCAAUGGACUACAUGUUCUCCCAGCAUGACCUCGGCUUCCUGGAUGACGUCAUCCCAGAGAAGGAUAAGAAGAAGAAAGAGGACGAUAAAAAGAAAAAACGGGACAGCAUAGACAGCGACGUUGAAGACUCUGACUAUCCUUAUAAUGAGAAAGUUCCCAGCAUUAAAAUCCCGAUGGACAUGAUGGAGCAGGAGCCCUUCUUAGGUGAUAAGGCGUCUAACAGAGAGAAGUCCCCAUCAUUCCUUGAACGUCACACAUCGUGCUGAGCAGCUUCGCUACUACCAGGCCAACUGCUUAUCCAGCCCUGAGAUGAGUCCACUGAAGUCUGUGCCUCAGAUUAGAAUAGAGAUGGACCCAGACGAUGAUAAUUCAUUCUACUGGAAGAGCAGAGGAUCUGAAACGUCCUUGUAGAGCACCGAAGCACCACCAGGCGAAUCCUGCAGCACCCGCAAGGCAACUCGCUCUUUUCCCUUUCCUUUAUGUCUUCAUUCCUUUUAACUCCUUUCCACAGUUUUCAGGAUUUUUGCUCUGAAUAGGUGGUUCUUAAAAAAAACCGAGAGGCGACAAAAAAAUCUGUCUAACACGACAGUACGUUUCUCAUAAUGAAGCUAUUUUAAAACCAUGUCUGUCUUCACUAGCUUGUCUCGGUAUUUUUCUCACUGCUUCACAAACACUGUCAAAUGUAACUCCUUACUACUCUACUAUGCAACUCAUCCCACAUGUCGCUGAUCUACAGUAAAGCUGUGGCUCUCUCUGACCACGCAUGGAACACCCUCCCUGCUCUCUAUAUAUAUUUAUAUAUAUAUAUAUAUAUCUAUAUAAACAUAUCUAUAUAAAUCUAUAUAUAUAUUAUAUAUCAUCUGUCUGAACUCUUUUUUUUUAUAUAAAUUGAAUUAUUCUAAUAACAUUUUCCUGUAGCAGGAAAAUUAUGUUUUUUAUAGCUCUACCUCUUGUUCUAGAUCAAUGGCUUAUUAUGAACAAAUGCAACAUGUUGAUUUUUGACGCAGCAUGGGGUUUUGAUAUUUUCUCUCUGUCCUCUUGUAGAGUUGAAAUGAUUCAAGAGAUUCACUGUAUUAUAGCGUGUGAAGGAAAUGUGUGCAAAUAGAUCUUUUAAGUUAAUUAACAGUUAAUUAAUGCAUAUUUGUAUGUGCAGAUGAGGUAAAUAUUUUUAUCAUCACUUUUUGAUGCGGUUUUGAUUGCUUCACCUUUCUAAUUUUCUGAAUCUUUCUCUCACGUGUUCACUUCAAAGCUUUUGUUACUUGUUUGAAUUAAAAUCAUACAUUUCUUCAUGUUUUGUUUUUUCCUAAUGUUUUUUUUUUUUUUUUAAAUCAUUAUGUUUGUGUGUAUGUUGGUAACCUUUUUCUUGUGUCCUACCUUUUUGUUUCUUUGUGGGUAGAGAACAGUUCAGCUAAACAUAAUCAUCUGAUUUUCCUCAGCCAAACUUUAACUCUAACUCGGAGUGCAUAUCAUAUAGUUGCUUGUUCUGCACAAACUACUUUACCUAAGUGGCUUAUAAGAGAUCGAUCCUGACUGAAAUUCUCAUAGCAACGAUGUAACAAAUAAGAAGGGAAUCAAAUCCAUGUAAGCUAUAUGCAGUGGGACGGCUUCAGUCCGCAGCCAGUGUAUUUUGUUUUUGUCUCGGUGGUUGUUUGAAUUGUCUGAUGUGAGAAUGGGUUCACAGAUUAAAAGAAAAAAGUUAUACAGUAAAUGAUUUUGAUUAUUUCAGGUCUAUCUUAAUCUAAAUCUCACGUGGUAUUGGUUGCUGUUAUUAUCUUUACCUUCCAAGUCUGAGUCGAGUCUCAAAUUGCAAUGACAAUGAGCCCACAUCUGACAGGGCUGGGCAAAAUGUGUGAUAUUCGUUGUUAUCGUGACAUGAGACUAUAUAUCGUUUUAGAUCUUGAUCAUUAUAAUUAGAACGUGAUAUGAGAUCAGUGUUGUACACGAAGAACAUUUCACCCCGGCCCUAAUCUCUGGUUAAAACAUGUAUAGACGGCUCCCAGGACAUAUGUCUGCCACAGCUCAGCAUACGAACUUAAUUGAAAGACCAUAAUUUCCACUACCACUUUCAUUUGUCAUCAUGCUAACAUUUCGAAUACAGUUUUGCACUGUGUUGUAAAUCUCUUCUGCCAUCCUUUUUGCAGUGUAUUUGCAUUAGGAAGGUAUUGUUAUCAGCAAAUAAUAACUGUGCAAUCGUGUGAGUAUUACAUUAAGAUGGACUUUGAUUGAAUCCAGACUGAUCCUUAAAACAAAUCAUCCGCAGUCGUUUUUUUACUUACUUUGCUUAAAUCAGGCUGAAGAUACAUAAGCGUCUUACUCACUUCAGUCCACUGCCACAUACACAAAGUAUUGAGCCCCUCAGAUAUGCCAACUUGACUUUUACUGGCCAGUAUUACUUCCAGUACAACGAGCCAGACUGGCUUCUUAAGCACUGUUUGUCAUGACAGUAUCCCCACUUUAUCUCUAAAGGGCACACUGUAGCACUUUCUCGCUCUGAUUUUUACGUCUAAGUGUGUCAUGUUUAACUUUAAGCUGGAAGUUGUCUCUGUCUUCAUCACCACUAUAGAUUCCAAUUUAAACUUUGAGAUAAAUGAGCCGCCUUCCUCUUCUGAAAAUCAUGUAAAUACAGCAAAGGCAUGUCGGUUCAGACCAAAAUGCAUUAAAGGUUACUUUGUUUCAGUUCAUCAGCCGAAGUGACGAUGUUGUUUAUUCUCCACAUCAGUGUUCUUAGACGUCAGCAGCAGAGCGUGGAAAGAAGUGUGACUUCAUGUCUGAGAUAUACUUUGUGUGGAGUUGAAGUGCGUCGUACUGUGUUAGCAAGUCGGACAACAAAUCUACAACAUGAAAUGAAAACCUGUUAAUUUUAGCAUACAGAAUACUGAUGUUUUUGUUUUGUUUUUGAUUAACUUUUUGUGACUUUUUAGAACAGGUGAAAUGGUUUAUUUUAGAAUUUAUAUUUUUCAAAUGAAAUGUAUAUUGAAAAUAAACAGAAUGAUCAAAU